CAGCUCCGAUCGACUUUGAUACUCGAUAGACGACGACAAUGUAUCCGGCCAGCGGCACUGGAGGCAGUGCAGCAACUGCUGCCAAGUUCCAGAAUCGCUGUGGAUCGCCGCAAUUCGCCAGCGAUUAUCCGCACCCACAUCCGCACCAGCAUCCGCACCAGACGACAUCGGUGGCGGUGCACAGUGCCCCGCCGGGAGUGGGUGUGGGAGUGAGUGCGGCGGUGAGUGGUGGCUCCAUGCGCCACGGCCAGCGGGCGGUGGCAUCACAUCAGCAUCCCAGCCAGAUGACCCUCAGCCACGGCAUGGGUCACAAUCAUGGCAUGGCAUUGGGCGGUGGCCUGGGCAUGGGAAUGGGCCAUGGCCAUGGACAUGCGGCCGCCACCUUGGGGCAUCCACAUACACACUCGCAUUCGCACAACAACAGCGGCAGCAGCAGCAGCAGCCACGUGGGACACAUCGGCUCGCACCUGAUCUUCCCCGACGACAUGGACAGCAUCGAGUUUUGCAUGCCGGCGGCGCCCUCUUCCUCGUCCGCCUCCUCGCAGAACGGCCUCGGGAUCGGAGACCAACUGCUCAUGGGCAGCAGUCACGGCGAGGCGUUCACGGAGCGCCGAAGAAGGGGUCACAGCCGGCGGAGCAACCACAAGAUGGAUGUCGAGCAGCAGGUCAAGUGGUCUCGCAAGAACAUUGCCGCCACCAUGGAACGGUUCGAGCCCACGACCAACACACAGUCGUCGUCGUCCACUUCAUCGCUGGACUACGGAUUCGCCGCCGGCGUAAUGACGCCCAGCAGCAGCAGUGCCACGGCAUCGCACGGCGGUGGCGCCUCCAAUCCCUCACUGCACGUGGCCUUCAACGGCGGGGGUGGUGGUGGAGCUGUGGGUGGUGGUGGUGGCUCUGGAGCCUCGGGAGCCAGCGGAGCUAGUGGCACGGGAGCAGCUGCACCGGCGGCGCCGUUCAACCAUGUCUACUCCUAUGCCUACUACGAACCGGGCGCGGCCAAGUGCCACACGAAUGUGCCUGCCGCCCAGGGAUCGAGCUCGAGUUCCGGAUCCGGAGGUCAGGGUCAGCAGGGCCAGCAGCAGGGCCACUCGAAGAGUCCGCCACGGAACUCGAUACGCGCCCUAUUGGCCAAGAGCUUCCGCUCGAAGAGCAGCACCACCCAUCACGGCGGCCAGUCCACCUCCAGUUCGCCCAGCGCCGAGGAGCGGGAUCGACACACCUACACCACCCGCUACGGCACCACCGAGAAUCUGUACGAGGAGGUCAGCGAGCAGAAGAUCCGCAAAGUGCUCUCCGACAACCGCAUCGCCAGUGGUUCCAGUGCGGGCAACGUGAAGGAGGAGCAGCGCCGCGUCCAGCACAACCACUUCCGGGUGCUCGACGAGCUGAAUCUCUCGCUGGAGGCCUUGAUAAUGCCGCCCACACCGCCGGACGUGAGUCCCAGCCAUGCCCUCGGUGCCGACGAGCCCAGCACCUCGAUGCCCGCCGGCGCGGUGGGUGGUGGCAGUGGCAUAUCGAUGUCAUCGUCAUCGGGCUCGGCGGUGGCGGGACCCUCGUCGAAGACCGCCCAACGACCCAGGCGCGGCGGUCUACUGGGCGGAGCCGCCGGUGCUGGGGCCACCUCGAACUCCAGCUCCGCCUCGCACGCCAGCCUGGAGAACCUGUCGAGCACGCUGAACAGCAUGGAGCUGAAGGAUCAUGGCCACAGCAGCUGCAUCAAUCCGGAGUUCGAUGAGGGCGACCUCGAUUCCGGCUUCAGCGGCAGCGGCAGCAGCAGUGGGGCCAGCUAUAACGAGAGUCUGCGGUACUACAAGUCCGCCACGCCCACCGGCCAGCUGCACCACCACGCCCACAUCCACCAGCAGCAGCAUCAGCAGGCGCUGCACCACCACAACCUGAACAACAACACCUUGCCGCACAAUCUGCGCAGCUGCCGAUCCUCGACCGCCUCGGGCACCUCCACCUCCAAGAGCAGCAUGGCCAGUUGUGGCGAGGAUCAGGGCAUUGGCAUGACCUUGGCGGUGGGCGGUGGAGUGGGAGGAGUGGGUGGUGGUGCCGCCGCCGGUGGUGUCAUGGUGCCCAUGCACGAGGCGGCGGGCGCCGUGGGCGGCGGCGGCGGCUCGCUGUCGCCCUUCAACUAUCCACGCCGCUGUUCGGCGGAUCAGCAGCGCGCCUCGGGCAGAUCGAUGGCCUCCGGCGUGGGCGUUGGACCCGGCGUGGGCGUGGCCGUGGGCGGAAUGGGCGGCGGCAUGGGCGGCGGCAGCAUGAGCAUGAGCAGCAGCAGCAACGUGGCACUGUCCACCGGAGCGAAACCCAAGAAGAACUUCUGGACCAUGAAACCGUGAUGCUACAAAAAGGCGCUGCGUCACAUUUGCAAGAAAUGGACUAUUGUUAUGGAAUACAAUUCAAAGACUGCCUCAUGCCAUGCCAUCCAUUAUUACCACCAACCCAAUAGCGGCAGCAACUAUAGUAGCUAUAGUAGCCGUCGCCACCAUCAGCAUCAGCAGCUGACGUCAUCAGCGUCAACAUCAUCG